CCCAUCCCCUCCCCACACAUACUCCCUGCUCAUAGUCACAGGGUUAAGGGCCUCUGAGGAGGUCAAAACCACCCAAUGUUGGGCAACAGAGAGCAAUGAUGAAGGGCUGAGGGGCUCCUAAAAUAAUCAGGGGCCUUUCCACAGAAGCUUACUUACUCUGAUGGCCCAGGCUGGAGGUCCAGAGGCCUUUCUCACCCAUAAUGACAGUUACUCUUCAGGUCACAUGGGUGGAAGUCCUCCAAUUAGGACUUCUCUGUGGUCAGGCAAGUACAUGUUCUGACAAGUUUAAAAUCAGACAUAAGAAAGAAUCUAUGCAAUCAUUUGACCUGAUCUAAUCACUCCUAAUUAUAUUAUUUUGAUGAGUUGAUUAUCCUUAACUGCCUAAAUGUAUCUUAAUGUGUGUUAAUACAAAAGAAAUAAUCAUUUAUACUAUGGAAUCACAUGAAGCUGGAUAAUACUGAUAGGGAAUUAGCACAAGGGUAAAAGCAUUGAUUUAGUACAGGCAGAUGAUGGAACCAUAACACAUCUUAGAUCAACUGAGGAAAAACAGCAAAAAAAAAGUAUGUCUGGACUUCUGCUCUGAGAGCAUUUGGCAAAGAUGGAUUUCUAAAGUCAUGUCAAGCCCCCAGAUAUCCUUCUCCUUCCCAGUGCUCCACUUCCUCCUCUUCAUCUUUGUGACCUCAAUAGUCUUCCAUCUUCAACUUCGACUCUCCAAGAUAUCCAAGUUAUGGAAACAGACACAAUCCCCUGAGCCUCCAGUCUCUACAACCUCCCACCCUGAUGGCAUCUGGACUAUGAAUUCUAUAGGCCGUCUAGGAAACCAAAUGGGUGAGUAUGCCACCCUCUAUGCUCUGGCAAAACUCAAUGGCCACAGGGCCUACAUAUCACCUGAGAUGCAUCAACAUCUUGCUCCCAUAUUCCGUAUCACCCUUCCUGUUCUACCAGCCAGUGUGUCCCAGCAUAUACAUUGGCGGAACUACCAACUACAUGACUGGAUGUCGGAGGAAUAUCGACAUAUUCAUGGUGCCUAUGUCCAUUUCACGGGUUACCCCUGUUCCUGGACUUUCUACCACCACCUUCGAGAAGAGAUCCGUCAUGAAUUCACCCUGCAUGACUAUAUCCAAGGGGAGGCUCAGGCUUACUUACACAAGUUACAGAAAAGCCCAGCCACCUUUGUGGGAGUCCAUGUCCGCAGAGGUGACUAUGUCCAUAUAAUGCCCCAGGUCUGGAAGGGGGUGGUAGCACACAAGGGCUACUUGGAUCAAGCAAUGAAUUGGUUCAGAGCCCGUUACAAUGAUACUGUCUUUGUGGUUACCAGCAAUGGGAUGUCAUGGUGCCAGGAUAACAUUGACACCACCAAGGGAGAUGUGGUAUUUGCAGGGGAUGGAGUGGAGAGCUCUCCAGCAAAGGAUUUUGCUCUGUUGACCCAGUGCAACCACACCAUCAUGACCAUUGGCACCUUUGGCAUCUGGGCUGCCUACUUGGUAGGUGGUGAGACAAUCUAUUUGGCCAACUACACCCUUCCAGACUCACCUUUCCUCAAAGUCUUCAAACCUGAAGCAGUCUUCCUGCCUGAAUGGAUAGGGAUCCCAGCUGACCUGUCACCCCUGCUCAAGAACUGAAUACUUUUUUCAGGCCUUCACUCCAGACUCAGAUUAUGGUCCAGAUUUGUGUACUAUGAAGGUGAGGCUUAGGAGGCAGCAGGGAACCAUCUCUCCUAUCCUGGACAUCUAUCCACAUCAUAGGACAGAGGCCUCCACUUCAUGGCCUAACUCAUCCCACCACAGAAAAUUCAGGAGUGGAUCCACACAAUAGAGUUGCUUGCAUAAAACCAUACCAUGGCAGAUAUGGAAGGAGGGAGUCUGGGGAUUAUCUAAGUAGGGUUAGAUUAUCCAAAACUAAUGUAUCCCUAAAACCCACUGGGAGUGGGCAUAUAUUAGUAGAAAGUGUAAUUGUAAAUCCUCGAUGAUUGGGGGUUGUUGGAAAAGAGGUAAAGUUGGCUUGGCUCAAUGGGCCUUUGGGUGUUUUAAGAAAUGAUGUCAAAGAAAGCUCUGUGGGUUUAGGACAAUGCUGGCAAACCUUUUAGAGGCUAAGUGCCCAAGGUGCAACCCUCCUGUCACAGGUGAACCUCCUAGUUGGGAAGAAAACUAAACUGCAGGAAGAACCAAGGAUAUUUCUCCUGAAUAAACAAUUUCGGACUACAUGUUACCAAUUUCCCAUACUGCGCUUAGACUCUAAGAGUUCAUGAAACUGGUGCCCACAAUGAUGACAGAAAUGGUAGGCAAUGAUUUUAUAAGAGGAAGGAACUGGUUUCAAGCUACUACCUGGCACUGUGGGUAUUGCUGGACCUAAAGUCUGGGAGGAGGAGUUUGAUUCUAGCCUAACAUUUAUAGGCUGUGUGACCUGGAUUAGUCAUUUAACCUUUGCCUCAGUCUCCUCAACUUUAAAGUGGUGCUGAUAGUAGCACCUCCCUCUCAAGUAUAUUGUGAAGAUCAACUGAGAAAAUAUUUGUAAAGUGAAUGCACAGUGAAUGGCACAAAGUAGGGAUAUAUAGUUAGGAAGUGCAUCUCCUGGUGCCUCACAGGAUAUUUCAACACACGCCAUGAAGUUGAACAUAAAUAAAAGGAGGACCUCAAACAUUUUAAUAAUAGGCCUCCUUCGACAGAUCUCUCCAACAACUGAUUCUCUUCUUGGAAUUCACUCCUCAACAAUCAGCCUACUUCCUCUACCUUACACCUGCCCCAUCUCAAUGAUUCUGAACCCCACCCUUCAGAUGUGUAAACCCCAUUCUCCAUCCUCAAAUGGCUAGGCCCUACUCCUAUCCACCUCAACCCUACUCUAGGCAUGACUCAUUCUUUCUAUCCUGACCUCUGGAAAACCUACUCUACUAUGAACUAACUUUCUUUCAUAUUAAACAUUUUCCUUUCUCAUUCCUUUCAUCUUACAACUUUUGCUAAAACCUGGGUCUUUAUUCAUAAAACUAUUUUCCUUCAAUCAUACAAGGUAUAUUUUUCUUUUAUGCCCCUGAUUGGUUGGGGGAGAUGUUGGAGAAGAGGAAUAAAAAUAUUCCUUACUCCCCAUUCCAAUUUCCAGACUAUUUUGUUACCAUCACUAAACAAAUUCUCUACCUUUGCAAGUUCACACUAUUCA